AUGGUAAAUAUGGAUAUCGAAGCAAUAGCUCGAAAUGAAGCUGCAACAAAAGCAUUAAAUGUCACAAAAAAUAAAGGAUAUGAUGAUAUUAUUAUUUCAGAAAGUAAAUCGUUCAGUGGCAGUAAAAAAGAAAUUAGCCAGAAAAAAGAUAACAAUGUGAUGCAAAAAGAAGAAAAAUGGCCACAACAAUGGCACGAGAAAAUAGAAAAAGCAAUUAUACUGCCCGCAACGGAGGUAAACAAAAGAUAUUCAGGUUAA